AGAAACCGGGUUUGGGCGUUUGGCGCUCGCCGCUAGGGUUUGGGCUUUCGAGGUCUCGCCGGCGCGGAGCCAUUGGAGUCGAGGAGGAGAGUGCGGGAGGGAUCAAAACCCUAGCGUCUCCCGGCGAGCGACAUGGAGGUGGACCCGUCGCCGUCCGCGUCCCCGCGGCGGCCGCUGCCGACGCCGGGAUACCUGGACCUGGAGUCCUCCCGCCUCCGGGAGGAGUACCGCCGCUACAGAAAGAGACUAUCUUCUUCAAAUGACUCCCCACUGUUGGGGACCUCAGUCUCCAGAUUCUCUGAAGCAAGGGUGUUGCGUGAUGGCAACAGCAUACACAGGCAGCCCAAUGCUGGUCUACUCCUUGAAGAAAUCAAACAGGAGGCUUCUGAUUAUUCUGACAUUGAUGGCUUGGAUGGAUCGAAGCUGUUUGGAUCAGCAAAAAGAAGGACAUCACUGGAUGGUGGUUCUGCACCAGACACGGAUUUCAGUUCAGGUAGGAAGGCGGCGAGGUCGGCAUUUAAUCCGGUCAAGCUGGAGGGUGAUGUGCCACAAGAAGGAGAAACAACUUUUACAAUCUUUGCAUCCCUUCUUGAUUCUGCGAUACAAGGAUUGAUUCCCUUCCCAGAUGCAAUUUUACAAUUUGAGAGAGCAUGCAGAAAUGCUUCAGAGUCAAUAAGGUCUGCUACCACAGGAAAGCUCCGAAUGGUGGACGAUAAACUUAUGCAGCAAAAAGCACAACUAUUGCUCGACGAAGCUGCUUCUUGGUCACUUCUUUGGUACCUCUAUGGGAAAGGAAACGAGGAGUUUCCUGAAGAGCUAUUCGUGUCACCAACUACAUCCCAUCAGGAGUCUUGCCGCUUUGUUGCAACAGAUCUUACAGCACAAUUGUGUCUCAGGAUUGUACUUUGGCUUGAAGGACUUGCUUCUGAAGGUCUCGAUUUGGAGAAAAAAGUGAGAGGAUCUCAUGUUGGUUCAUAUCUACCAAGUUCUGGUGUUUGGCAUCGUACGCAGAGGUACUUAAAGAGAAAGAAUAAUGAUGAUUCUACCAUAGUGAAGCAUGUGGAUUUUGAUGCUCCGACUCGUGAAGGAGCCCAACUUCUUCCCGAUGACAAGAAGCAAGGUGAAUUGCUUUUAGAAGAUAUCUGGACUCUCUUAAGAGCUGGAAGAUUAGAAGAGGCGUGUGAAUUGUGCCGGUCUGCUGGACAGGCAUGGAGAGCUGCCACUCUUUGCCCCUUUGGUGGCAUAGAUCUCUUUCCUUCCCUGGAGGCCAUGCUAAAGAAUGGAAAGGCUAGAACACUACAAGCCAUUGAAUUGGAAAGUGGUGUUGGACGGCAGUGGCGUCUUUGGAAAUGGGCAUCAUAUAGUGCUUCAGAAAAAAUUGCUGAACAUGAUGGUGGUCGGUAUGAGAUGGCUGUAUAUGCUUUACAGUGCAGUAACUUGAAGCGUACCUUGCCGAUCUGUACUGACUGGGAGUCAGCUUGUUGGGCAAUUGCAAAAUCCUGGCUAGAUGUUCAAGUGGAUUUAGAAUUAUCUCAAUACCAAACGAGCAGACCAGAAGAGAAACAGUUUGAUGAUGACAUGAAUGGAACCCAGCCUAUGGUCAGCUCAGCCGGCCCAGAAAAUUGGCCACACCAUGUUCUUGAUCAGCAACCUCGUGAUAUUGCUGCACUUCUGCAGAAACUCCAUUCAAGUGACCUUGUUCAUGAAACUGUUUCUCGAGCAUGUCGGGAGCAGCACCGUCAAAUUGAGAUGAAUCUCAUGAGUGGAAAUAUAGCUCAUCUUCUUGACCUUCUAUGGUCAUGGGUGUCACCCUCUGAAGAGGAUCAAAACAUUUUAAGGUCCCGUGAUGAUCCUGAGAUGAUACGUUUUGGGGCACAUAUUGUUCUUGUUCUGAGAUACCUAUUCGGCGAGGAAAUGGAGGACGAGUUUGAGGAAAAGCUGGUUACUGUUGGUGAUCUCAUCAUCAACAUGUAUGUGAGGUACUUGUUUUCAGAGCAGCAAGAGGAGUUGGUUGGAGUAUAUGCCUCUCAGCUUGAACGUGAUGUUUGCAUUGAUUUGUUUGUGGAAAUGAUGGAACUAAGGUUAAAUAGCAGCUUGCAUACCAUGUACAAGCUUUUCCUCUCUGCUGUGGAGUAUCUGCCAUUCUCAUCUGGAGAUGCGUCCAAGGCUUGUUUUGAAGAGAUAAUUGAGAGAGUUCUUUCAAGAUCUCGAGAAAUGAAACCUAGCAAGUAUGAUGAAGAUUUUUCUGAUGUUGCGGAACGGCAUCACUUGCAAGCACUUCAGAAGGCAAUGGUCAUUCAGUGGCUUUGCUUCACACCACCAUCCUCAAUUCCAGGCUUUCAGAUGAUCACAGGGAAACUUCUGAUACGGGCGUUGAUGCAUAGCAACACGCUAUUCAGAGAGUUUUCCCUGAUAUCAAUGAGGAGAGUUCCUGAAUUACCAAUAGGCCCACAUAAGUUACUUGCCAUCCUUGCGGAACCAUUGAAACAGAAGGAAAAUUUAUUUUCAUUUGAAGAUCAGGAGGUAUCUGAUAAUUUACGAGAGUUUGAAGAUUGGCAUGAAUAUUACUCCCUGGAUGCAACAUACCGGGGUUGGCUUAGAUAUGAGAUGGAGAAUUCUUCUGUUCCUCCUGAAAUGCUUUCAGCAGAAGAAAAAGAUCAAGCUGUUGCUGCAGCAAGACAAACGCUGGAAUUGGCAUUCUUGUUACUACUCAGGGAAGAAAGACCAUGGUUAAAUGCCGCUGAGAAAAGUCCAUUUGAGUGGACAGACACUGUUUUCCUUGAGUUGCAUGCAACUGCAAUACUCUGUCUACCUUCUGGAGAAUGCAUGCUACCAGAUGCAACAUCAUGCACGGCACUGACAAGUGCACUGUAUUCAACUGUCAGCGAACAGGAUGUGCUGCAUCGCCAGUUGAAGGUUGAUGUUAAGGUUUCUUCUAAAGAUCCUUGUUGUAUAGAAGUUGCACUUCGCUGCUUGGCAAAAGAAGGUGAUGGGAUUGCACUUCAUGAAGCCAAUGAUGGAGGUCUUCUUGCUGCAAUUAUGGCUGCUGGUUUUAAAGGUGAACUCAAUCGUUUUCAACCUGGAGUUUCAAUGGAAAUAUCUCGACUUGAUGCUUGGUAUUCUGAUGGUCAUGGUUCGGUUGAAUGUACUGCUGCUUAUAUUAUUCGAGGGCUUUGCCGAAGAUGCUGCCUACCAGAAACAAUUUUACGAUCUAUGCAGGCAUCUAUCUCGCUUUCCGAAGCAGGGGAUUCUCUAGAUCAUUGUGACAAACUCAUCGAGUUAGUUGCUUCAUCAGAUUCCGGAUUGAUGCAUUUGUUCAGCCAGCAGCAGUUACAGGAGUUCCUGAUUUUUGAGAGGGAAUGCUUCAUAUCUAAAAUGGAGCUUGAGGAAGAGCAGAUACCUACUGAUGGCUAAGUCUCAUCAGGGCCAGAAUCUUGGAAUAGUAGUCAUGGGGCAUGCUCUACUAGUUGACAAAAUCAGAAGUCAGGACUUGCAAGUGGCGACAUGUCACACCAUCGGUCGAGAACCGGCUGUAAUUUAUGUGAGAUUGUGACCUUGUCGAUGUCGAGAAAGGCGGAGAUGAAAUUUGUUGUAUAGGUGUUAUAUAAUAUUAUUUGACUGCAUGCCCAUCGCUCUCAGCUGAUGACAGCAGCAGAUGAGAUUUGGCUCACUUUAGAUCGUUCUGUCAUACUACUACUGUGGAAGCACAAAGACUGGUCUCAAAUCUAACAGAAGAGGCACUUGUAACUCUAUUUGAAGGAUAGAUACAUCAAUGCAUCAAUUUUCUGUGUCGUUUGGCUGCCCUGAUUUUAUCAAGGACAGUAUA